AUGAGCGAAGGAGAUGAUGAGGAUUCGCCUAGUCGCCCAUUAAAAGUAUUAGUCGACCAUGCUAAUCCCGUGCAGCCAUCACUUUGCAUAAGCAGCCUUAGUAAAAUUGCCCCAGUAGUUGUUUCCGCGAUUGAUAAACCCGGGUUCUUCCUGUCUCUCAAAUUUGCUGACACUAAAUCCUUUGUUGAUGAUCUUGCACGCUUAGUCAAGCCCGUCAAGAAUGUCGAAGUCGCGUCAGGGGGAGACAUUUUUGUCUUCCCGUUCGAUUUGGAACAAAAACAGGCUAUUUUGAAGUUAAACUGCAUUAACAACCUUGAGGUCUCUUGUAAACUAACCAAAUCUGAAUCUGAAUUUAGAGGAGUUAUAGUUGGAGUCCCUGUGUCGGAAUUGGAUAGCGAGGCUUUGUUAGAUCUCUUGAAAGACCAACGCGUCACCCACGUGAAUCGGGUUAACAAAUUCGUUGAUGGGGUUCAGUCUCCAUCCACUGUUGUCGUGCUCACCUUUUCGCAACCGUUUCCUUACAGAGUAAGAUUGUGCUAUAGAAGCUUUGUGGUUCGUGCAUACUCUCCCAAGCCCAUGCAAUGUUCAAAAUGCCACCGCAUUGGGCACACCGCCACGCAUUGUAAUUUUCCCGCUAGAUGUCCCAGCUGCGGUGGCAGUCAACCACCGGCCGCCAACUGUGAAAGCAAGGCCAAGUGUUUAAAUUGUCAGAAAGAUCUCCAUCUAACGGGAAGCCCUGCGUACAUUUCACAUUUGAAUGCGCUCAAGUUUGCCAGGGCUAACAAUGUCUCGAUGUUCGAAGCUAAACAGCGUUUAUCCACCCUCCGUAGUUCCACACAAACGCCUCCUUCUGCCUCAGGCCCAGCCGCGCCCUAG